GCCCGCGCCAGGUGGUCCCGGCGGGCACAGGAGCCACCGCCGCGCGCCCCGUCCCUCGGCUGCAGCCAAAAUGUCCUUCUUCAACUUUCGUAAGAUUUUCAAGCUGGGCGGCGAGAAGAAGAAGAAACAAUACGAGCACGUCAAGAGGGAUUUGAACCCUGAGGAGUUCUGGGAAAUCAUAGGAGAGCUGGGCGAUGGUGCUUUCGGUAAAGUGUUCAAGGCUCAGAACAAAGAGACAAAAGUUCUGGCUGCUGCAAAGGUGAUAGAUACUAAAUCAGAAGAAGAACUUGAAGAUUACAUGGUGGAGAUUGAUAUUUUAGCAUCCUGUGAUCAUCCUAAUAUUGUCAAGCUCCUAGAUGCUUUCUACUAUGAAAACAAUCUCUGGAUCCUGAUUGAAUUUUGUGCAGGAGGAGCAGUAGAUGCAGUAAUGUUGGAGCUUGAAAGGCCGUUAACAGAGCCACAGAUCAAAGUGGUGUGCAGGCAGACACUGGAAGCACUGAACUACUUGCAUGAGAAUAAGAUCAUCCACAGAGAUCUAAAAGCUGGCAAUAUUCUUUUCACAUUAGAUGGAGACAUUAAACUGGCGGAUUUUGGAGUAUCAGCUAAAAACACCAGAACAAUACAAAGAAGAGACUCUUUUAUUGGUACACCAUAUUGGAUGGCUCCAGAAGUAGUAAUGUGUGAGACCUCUAAAGACAGACCGUACGAUUACAAGGCUGAUAUCUGGUCUCUUGGCAUUACUUUAAUAGAAAUGGCUCAGAUAGAGCCACCUCACCAUGAGCUCAAUCCCAUGCGAGUGCUGCUGAAAAUCGCAAAAUCUGAUCCGCCGACAUUGGCACAGCCCUCAAAAUGGUCAUCAGAUUUUAAAGAUUUUCUGAAGAAAUGUUUGGAAAAGAAUGUAGAUGCAAGGUGGAGUGCAACUCAACUUCUACAGCAUCCAUUUGUUACUGUUACUUCAAAUAAACCAAUAAGAGAAUUGAUUGCAGAAGCUAAGGCUGAAGUUACAGAAGAAGUUGAAGACGGUAAAGAUGAGGAUGAGGAAGAAGAAACAGAAAAUUCUCUGCAGUUACCUGCAGAGAAACGUGCAUCCUCUGACCUUAGUAUUGCCAGCUCUGAAGAGGAUAAGCUUUCACAGAAUGCAUCUGUCCUGGAAUCUCUUUCUGAGAAAACAGAAAGUAAUGCCAUUGAGGACAAAACAACUGGAGAUGAAUCCGAGGACAUUAAAUUUAGGAAAACAGCUGAUAAUGUACACGAUACUGCCAUCAGCGAUGUUAAAGUGCAGAAUGGUUCUUUGCCAACUGGUGAAGAUGAGCAAGGCAAAAUGGUGCCAGCAGAAAAGAAUACAGAAAGUCUGGAAAAAAUGCAUGAGGAUACAGAACCCCAGAAAGGAGGUAAAGAACUUGAUGUGGAAAUAAAGAAUGAACCUAACUUAAUAGAGAAAGAAAAUGCCAUGGCAGAUGAACAGAUAGAAGAUGCCAAACUGAAAGUAGUACCUGUAACUGAAAAUAGGAUAGAAACUGAAGAAGGCAUUUCUAAGGAAACUGAUGAAGAAGAGAAGGAGAAGAGAACAGAUCUCUUGGAUGGUGAGGAAGAAAAGGUCCCUGCAGAAAACAGAGACACAGAGCAAAAGGAAGACAAAGGUGAAGCUCAGAAAGAGGCAGUAAUAGAUACCACUACAGAAACUCUGCCUAAUGCUACAGUUCAAGUAUCUGAUGAAGAAAAGGAGCUAAUAAAGCAUGGAAUUGACAACGUUAAGGAGAUAGGUGCUGUUGCUGAAACACUCAUCAGUGAUGGGGAUAAAAUACCUGAGCUGGAGGAUAAGCCAGUGGAAAGUCAGGCUAAGCAGGUCUAUGAGAUAAUCAGUUCUGAAGAAACUCUAUCAGAAAGCCAAGAUAAAGUGAUCGAAGUAGACAAGAAACUGGCAGAAAGUGAAAAUGAGGGUAUCAGUAAUAUAAACAGCACAGAGGAAGCAAAGAUCAAAGACACUGGAAAAGACAUCGUAGACCAGAAGGCAUUACAGAACAAACCUGAGGAUGUUCCUGAUGAACUGGUGGAUAAAAUGACUGGUAUGGACCAAAAUUCAGGAGAGCGCGGACUCGAGAAUCUGCAGGAAAACAACAUCCAGGUAGACAAAGAACAUCCGGCAGUUACCUCUGAUGAAAUCGUGAAGAAUAAACUUCAAGAUGCUGUCAGUGAACAAGCUGAUGACUCUGAAGUCACUUCAGUCCCCAGUAUUAGUAUUAGCACUGAAGAAAAUGAGAAGGUCAAAACAGAUAAUCAAGGCAAUACUGAGACACUACAGCAACUGGAGUCGGAGAAUUUGAAGGAAAAUGAUGCGGAUUCAGGCACUGGUUCUACAGCUGAUAACAGCAGCAUUGAUUUGAACUUGUCCAUUUCUAGUUUCCUUAGUAAAAACAAAGAGACAGGAUCAAUAUCUUUACAGGAAACUAGAAGGCAGAAGAAAACGUUAAAGAAAACUCGGAAGUUUGUCGUUGAUGGAGUAGAAGUGAGUGUAACCACAUCAAAAAUAGUUACUGAAAAUGAUUCAAAAAGUGAAGAAAUGCGAUUUCUACGACGUCAAGAGCUCAGAGAGCUGAGACUUCUUCAGAAAGAGGAGCAGAGAGCCCAACAGCAGCUCAGCAAUAAGCUUUUGCAGCAGCGAGAGCAGAUGUACAGACGUUUUGAACAGGAAAUGACAAGUAAAAAGCGACAGUAUGAUCAAGAGAUAGAGAACCUGGAAAAGCAGCAGAAGCAGACGAUCGAGCGCCUGGAGCAGGAGCACACGAACCGCUUACGGGAUGAGGCAAAGCGCAUCAAGGCUGAGCAGGAGAAGGAGUUGUCCAAAUUCCAGAAUGUGCUGAAAAACAAAAAAAAAGAGGUUUUAUGUGAAGUGGAGAAAGCACCAAAAGAGCUGAGAAAAGAGCUCAUGAAACGCAAGAAAGAGGAGCUUGCACAAAGCCAGCAUGCUCAGGAGCAGGAGUUUGUGCAGAAACAGCAACAAGAGCUGGAUGCAUCUCUGAAGAAAAUAAUUCAGCAGCAGAAGACGGAACUGGCCACUAUUGAACGAGAUUGCCUCAACAACAAACAGCAGCUCAUGAGAGCUCGUGAAGCUGCAUUCUGGGAGCUGGAGGAGCGGCACCUACAGGAGAAACACCAGCUCCUCAAGCAGCAGCUCAAGGAUCAGUACUUCAUGCAGAGGCACCAGCUGCUUAAGAGGCAUGAAAAAGAAACAGAACAAAUGCAGAGGUAUAAUCAACGCCUUAUAGAGGAGUUAAAGAACAAGCAAACUCAGGAAAGAGCCAGACUGCCUAAAAUCCAACGAAGUGAAGCAAAGACUCGGAUGGCCAUGUUUAAGAAAAGUUUAAGAAUCAAUUCAUUUGCUUCUCCAGACCAAGAUCGUGAAAAAAUUAAGCAGUUUGCUGUUCAAGAAGAAAAGAGACAGAAGAAUGAGAGACUGGCGCAGCAUCAGAAACACGAAAACCAAAUGCGGGACCUUCAGCUGCAGUGUGAAGCAAACAUCAGGGAGCUGCAUCAGUUACAGAACGAAAAAUGCCAUCUACUGGUUGAGCAUGAGACUCAGAAGCUAAAAGAGCUGGAUGAAGAGCACAGCCAAGAACUGAAGGAAUGGAGAGAGAAACUGAGACCAAGAAAAAAGAUGCUGGAAGAAGAAUUUGCCAGAAAGCUGCAGGAACAGGAAGUUUUCUUUAAAAUGACUGGAGAAUCCGAAUGCCUUAAUCCUUCAACACAAAGCCGGAUUUCCAAAUUCUACCCAAUCCCCAGCCUUCACUCCACUGGGUCGUAGCUCUGGGAACUUCUGUAGGUUUUUUUCGUGUUUGGAAUUCUCCCUCCUUACGGUCUAAGCUGACUUACCCACGGCGUAUGAACAUCAGGGACCUCGCGUGUCUUGUUUUCAGUGGAGACAAUCAGUGUCAGGAGCGGUUUCUUCACUCCCCUGGACAGAAGAAACAAACCGAGUGUUGGUGUACAAUGGUAUUGUUAUGUCCUUCAGAUGUUUCAAAACUAAGUGGGUUUUUUAUCCCAGUCUCUAAAAGUACGUUACCCACGGUUUUGACUUUAAGCCUGAAAUAUUAAUUAUGCUCUUUCUCAUCACAAAAAAAUGGUUUCUCAUCUGAACAUUUAAAUGGUGUAAUAUUAGUUCUGCUACUGUGUUUUUAAGCAUCAGAUUUCUCCACGAGAGAAUUCCACAACUGAAACUGCCAUGAGAGGUUUAAAAUUUCAUAAUGUGAGCAGUGUCUUCAUGGCAAGGACUGAAACUAAUUACUAAGAACAUGCCAGUAAUCAGAAAAGCAAACCCUUAUGUUUAAACACAAUUGACAAAAGCAAAAGCUUUUGCAACUUCUUUCAAAAGAAACCUCUGGCAUAAAUUAAACUGAGCUGAUCUCCAUGACAUGUUUUGUCCAUUAGUUCCAUAAUGAAAUGGGGUGCUAGUUUAAUUAAUACAGUGCCUGAAACACUUAGAUAUGCUGAUCCUGGCAACAGGAUACUGUUUUGUCAUUUAAAAACACAAAACUCCUUAGCGUUGUUGUUACUGUACAAAACAAGAUUUCUUGCUGCUACUGCCAUUUUUGUUGUAAAUCCUCACCCUAAAAUAUUUUGCACUAAAAUAUGUAAAGGUGAAAGAUAUGCUAACUUUAAAAUGCAGUUUAUUAUUUUCUUUAGCUAUUACAUACAGGUGGUUAGUUCUACAAAUUGAAAAACUGUAGAAUGUAUUUUUUAGAAAGCAGUGUGCAAAAUGCACAUGGUUUCUCUAACUGUACCUGGAAUGGGUAGAGCCAUUGUUCUGUUCUUACCAAAGCCUGUUCAUUUGAACUCCAUCACAGAAGUGGAGGUGGAUGGUCAUAUUUAUAAGUAACCAUGGCUAAAGUCUGAUUUCACUAGAAGUGUCAGAUUCCUUUUUUUUUUUUUUUUUCAGUCAUUUUAUUUUAAGGAAAGAUUUAAGUUAAAUAUAUAGCUGGGUGUUUUGCUUUUGUGUUGCCACCUACUAACAUAGGCAGGUUUUAUUUUUCGAGUUCCUAGCUGUACCAUAAGUUAUUUGCCUGACUGAUCUGUAGUGGGAAAUCUGAAAUGUGUCUCCUGUAGCAGGGUAAGGAAAUACAGCUGUAUUAGGUCACUUUUGCUGCACUCCUUUUGGUGGAUAGAGGUUGAGUCAUAUCAAGACAGUGUAUAAGCUGUACUUGGGUAUGUUGGAGCUCUGUUUGUAAAAUAGUAUUUGCUUUCUGUCUUUUGAGGGCUGACUUUCUCUGAUCUCUUUGGGCAUCAACUGCACCUGUUUUGUUUUGCUUGCUUGCUUUGACUGUGCAACUGGUGCCCAUUCCAUGGCGUUCAUUUCAUGGGAACAGUGUUGCUGCAUGGCAGUGAACUCAGAAAUUAACAUAGGACUUUAAUCAGCUGUGGUUGAAACCUUGGAUGCUGAAAUCCUUGGAUAUUGAACCAAUACCUUCUCAAUGAAGACACUUAAUUUACAGCACAGUAAAAAGAAAAUUGGAAAAUGCAUGUUUUAAUUUAAAUUUUGUAACUUUUUGAUAGCAUAAUUACUUUAAUAGCUAGCCUUAAUUUCUGGUGUUUUAUUAUUUGAAAUGUGUAUUGUAUACUGUUGUAAAUUCACACACCAUAUCUCUAGAAUGUUCUCUGUUGCUAAAUGCAAAGUUUUUUGAAUUGUUUAGUAGAGAGAAAAAAAUCUUUGAAGACCUUUUGCUUUUUAAACUCCACCUUCAUAAAUUGACUGUUAUUAAGAUAAUAUUAAAUAAUCUUCAUCUCUAUUUAACAGAAUUUGUUUGCAAUUUCGUCUGAAGUAGGCUCAGUACUUUACCUGGGGGAGUAAGCAGGGCAGGCAGAUUUCCUCUUCUGGAUUAUGUCUACGUUCAUCCCCAUUAAAUCCUCACAGGGAAAUAUUAAUAAUCUUCUCCUUUAUGGUAGUUUCAGUGAUACAUUGCUAAUAUGUUUUGGCAUUCUGUUUACCUCUGUCUGAAUCUCUUACAUCUUUUAUUUGAAGAUCCUUUUCACACAGGCCCUGCAAUCUGAUCUCAUUGUAAAUUGCACAAAUAACUGUAACUGAGCUCUGGGAUGAAGGGAGGGAUCGGAUGUGGCAAUGGAAGCCUUGCUCAGGUCUCCAGGUGGAGAGCCCUGUGCACUUGCAGCCUUGUGAACUGGGCUGAGAAUUGAUACCAAACAUGAAAAUAUGCUUGCUGAGGGAUAACAAGAACUAGCAUGGGUGCUUACACAUCUAGACUGAUAAAAUUGGGUUUAAGUGUUGCAGUAUGUGAGACUGGUGUUACAAUAUUGUAUCAGAGUCAGAAAAUUCAAUUCAAAUUAAUUUAGUCUCACAUAGGCCUAAAACACAUCUCCUGAGAUAUGAAAUUCCAUCUCAGUACUAUCUCAUGUCACCUUCCUAAUGAAUGUUAGCAGCUCCAUCUCCAGGGUGGUGAGUUGUGUUUUCUGCAGCUAAAACAAUGUACUUACAAAUUCUUACUGUUUGGCAGAUCUGAUUGUCCCCACAUGCUCUUCCAAAGCUGACCACAAAUCAGUAUUUGCUCACCAUUGUGUUUUACUACAUUGUAAAUUCUGUCCACAGAAAACAAGCAAGGCAAUAAAUCUCUGGAUUGCA